AUGCGCGUGGUUACUAUUGUAAUAUUGCUUUGCUUUUGCAAAGCUGCUGAGCUGCGCAAGGGAAGCCCUGGCAGUGUAAGAAGUCGAACAAAUCAUGGCCGGGCAGGUGGGAGCCGGAGAAGCUCCAACCCAGUAAAGCGCUACGCACCAGGUCUCCCCUGUGAUGUGUACACAUAUCUCCAUGAGAAAUAUUUAGACUGUCAAGAAAGAAAAUUAGUUUAUGUGCUACCUACCUGGCCUCAAGAUUUGCUGCACAUGCUUUUAGCAAGAAACAAGAUCCGCAUAUUGAAAAACAACAUGUUUUCCAAAUUUAAAAACCUGAAAAGCCUGGACCUGCAACAGAAUGAGAUCUCCAAAAUUGAGAGUGAAGCCUUCUUUGGCUUAAACAAACUUACCACCCUUUUACUACAGCACAACAAGAUCAAAGUCUUGAAAGAGGAGGUGUUCAUAUAUAUGCCUCUCCUGAGCUACCUGCGACUCUAUGACAACCCCUGGCACUGUACUUGUGAGUUAGAAACCCUCAUUUCAAUGUUGCAGAUUCCAAAGAACCGAAAUUUGGGAAACUAUGCCAAGUGCGCAAGCCCACAUGAACUAAAAAAUAAAAAAUUGCUGCAGCUAAAAUCUGAACAGUUGUGUAAUGAAGAAGAAAAGGAGCAAUUGGACCCAAAACCCCAAGUAUCAGGGAGACCCCCAGUCAUCAGGCCUGAGGCAGACUCAACUCUGUGCUACAAUUAUGUGUUUCCCAUACAAACGCUGGACUGCAAAAGGAAAGAGUUGAAGAAAAUUCCAACCAACAUCCCUCCAGAUAUUGUUAAACUUGACUUAUCAUACAAUAAAAUCAACCAACUUCGACCCAAGGAAUUUGAAGAUGUUCAUGAGCUUAAGAAAUUGAACCUCAGCAGUAACACCAUUGAAUUCAUAGACCCUGCUGCUUUUUUAGGGCUCACACAUUUAGAAGAGCUGGAUUUAUCAAAUAACAGGCUGCAAAACUUUGACUAUGGAGUAUUAGAAGACUUGUAUUUUUUGAAACUCUUAUGGCUUAGAGAUAAUCCUUGGAGAUGUGACUACAACAUCCACUACCUCUACUAUUGGUUAAUACACCACUACAAUGUCCAUUAUAAUGGCCUGGAAUGCAAAACACCAGAAGAAUACAAAGGAUGGUCUGUGGGAAAAUAUGUCCGGAGUUACUAUGAAGAAUGCCCCAAAGACAAGUUACCAGCAUACCCUGAGACAUUUGACCAGGAUACAGAAGAUGACGAAUGGGAAAAAAUACACAAGGAUCAUACAACAAAGAAACAAGGUGUAAGAAUCACUAUAGUGGGAUAA